AUGGAUGAACAGAAUGAAUUCGAACAAGAUUUCAGAGAUGAAUUUACUGAGGGAGCGUUUUUUUCUGAAUCUGAUAUGUCAGAAGAUAUCCUUGAAGCCGCUUAUGCGGUUGACUCCGUGCAAGACAUUACAACUUUGAAAUUUAGUGAGAAUUUUGCGGAAGAAAUUGGAAAAUACCACUUUUCUACUUUGCAGCUUGCAUUUGAUUUUUAUAUGAAGUACUCAAAGUCGAAGGGCUUUAGUGCAAGGAAGAGCAAGACCUUCAAGAAUAGUACUGGCGAGAUAUACAAACAAAAGUUUGUAUGUCAUAGGCAAGGAUUCAGGAUGGAGAAAUAUUACACGAUGAAAAAAAGGAAGAAGGAGCCUAAAUUGGAAACAAGAACUGGAUGUGAAGCUCGAAUGGAUGUUAAAUUUGUACCAGAAACUGGAAGGUGGCAUAUCUUUUAUUUCUCUGACGAACACAACCAUGAUCUAUUGGAUACACAAUUCAGUGCUAUGUUGCCUGCCCAUAGAAAAAUGUCAGAGGCAGAUAUUAUGCAAAUGAUGAACAUGCUAAAGUCAGGGAUUAGCGCUUCACAGAUAUUUGGUCUUCUAGCUAGUCAAGCAGGCGGGUAUGAAUUUGUUGGCUAUGGUCCCAGAGAUAUGUACAAUGAGAUUGCUCGGCAAAGGCAUCAAAUUCCUGGUGAUGCAGCACGAGUGUUGAAGAAGUUGGAGGCUAUGCGGUUGAAGGAUCCACAAUUAUAUUUCAAGGCAUGUCAUGAUUCAAGAGGUUUGUUACGUAACUUGUUCUGGUCUGAUGGGAUUAGCCAACUAGACUACCGACUCUUCGGGGAUGUUAUUGCUUUUGAUGCUACGUACAAGAAGAACAAGUAUAGUUGUCCAUUAGUCAUAUUCAGCGGGGUUAACCACCACAACCAAACAAUUAUUUUUGCUGCUGCGUUAGUUGUGGACGAAACUACUGAUACAUAUAUUUGCCUCCUGCGUCAGCUCAUGUUUGCAAUGAAGGGCAAGACCCCGACCUCAAUAAUAACUGAUGGGGCCAUGGCGAUUAGGAAUGCAGUCAGAGUUGUAUUUCCCGAAGUCAGACAUAGAUUAUGCGCUUGGCACCUUAUUCGAAAUGUAACUAGCAAUGUUGGAAGUCCAUCGUUUACAUCUAAAUUCCAAAAAAUCAUGUUAGGAGACUACAAGAUUUUCGUGUUUAAGCGUUUACACUCAGUUGUUGCAAGGUAUGUGGGGUCGCGACAUGAUUUGACAAGUUUCGUAGAGCAUUUUCAAAGGUGUGUUGCACACUUGCGCUUUAAAGAAUUUAAUGCUGAUUAUGAAUCUACACGUGGGGUGCCCGUCAUGCAGACUUGUAUAGAGCUGCUAGAGAGAUAUGCUGCUGAGUUAUACACUCAUGAGAUAUUUUGUUUCUUUCGGCCAUUUCUUUCUAGAGCUGGAUCAAUGCGGGUGCUAAACAUAGAGAAUAACGAUGAUGACAUAAAGUACAUUAUGUGUAAGCAUGGGAGGCCCGAUUUUAUGUGGAUUGUUGAUUUUCGUCAAGAAAUGAUCUUUAUGUGUACCUGUUUAAGAAUGGAGUCAUUUGGAAUUUCCUGCGAACAUAUUGUGAAAGUUCUGGUUGACAUUGACAUUUGUGAGAUUUCCCGGUCAUUGGUAUUGGAUAGAUGGACAAAAAAGGUUAAGUCAGCAUUCAUUGAUCCAAGUGGGUUCACGAGGGAUGCUGUUGUUAUUAGUCGCCAAAGUGCCUUGAUGGAAUUUUCUAAACAAUUGGUUGUUGUUGCUGCUAAAAUAAUUAUAGUAUUCACUCUAAAACAAAAGUAUCGGCUACAUAUUGUGGAAGAGAAUAAUCUGAUUAAGACACGGUAG